CCCCAUUCCGGUCACAUAAACAUGAGGAUACUGUCACGUUUGAGCGCCGCGCAAUAACUUCUGUAGCGUAACUUCGGUGCCGUUCUUCUGCUGUACGCACGACAGUCAACAAGUCACUUUCCCCGCGCCGGUCGGACCUGUAUGGCCCCAUCGAUCGCCAUGUCAGCUUUGACCGCUGGUUUGAAAACUGAAGCUCUUCCUCCGCGUUCGGUCCUCGUCAGCAGAGACGAGAUGCAGACCAGUCUGAGCCCCGCUAAGGAGACCGUGAAGCCCAAAGUCGCUAUUUUGCCAUUCAGCGUGGAGGCACUGAUGGCGGAUAGAAAACCUAGCAGAGAGGUGGUAUCCCCGGAUGCCACGUCCAUUCCCGGGACGUCCCAUGCUCUGGGAAAGGGCGCAAGGAUGGGCUCUUUCGGUAGUCUGGAUACUUCAGUUCCUGCUUUAUCGAUGGGCUCCUCGUUUUCAGUGGGCGACCUCAUGAACAUGCCAGAAGAUGUGUUGAUUAAACCCGAGAGCCCGGACAGUAACGAGAGGACUUCCUGGCUACAGAGUCCUCGUUUUUCUCCUACACCUCCACGAAGGUUAAGUCCUCCUGCUUGUCCUCUACGAAAACACAAGACCAACCGAAAGCCUCGGACCCCUUUCACGACGUCCCAGCUGCUGGCCCUGGAGAGGAAGUUCCGCCAGAAGCAGUACCUUUCCAUCGCCGAGCGCGCAGAGUUCUCCAGCUCCCUCAACUUGACGGAGACCCAAGUCAAAAUCUGGUUUCAGAACAGAAGAGCCAAAGCCAAGCGGCUGCAGGAGGCAGAACUUGAAAAACUGAAAAUGGCAGCUAAGCCUAUGCUGCCUCCGGCUUUCGGCAUUUCCUUUCCUCUCGGUGCGCACGUCCCCGCGUCAUACGGGUCGCACCCGUUUCAGAGGCACUCGCUGCCGGUUUCCCCCAUGGGACUGUACGCCGCGCACGUCGGAUACAGCAUGUACCACCUUGCUUGACACGGACGGAAGGACGAGGGGUUCAGUGGGACACAGGGGGGGGGGGGUUAGACUACUUUCUGAGGGCCCCAAGCGACGGUGGCCCUCCGGACAGGUGAGGCCACACUAAAUCAAAAGGCAUGCGGGUGACACACCUCGAAAGGGGGCCCGGGCCUCCAAACAGCCGCUUCCUUUGAAGCUUGUUCACUUCUCUUGACCUCGCCAGUAAGCUCAGACACUGCAAAAUGAUCCAACUUUAUUAGUCAUUUUUAAUUGAGUCUUAAAAUCUGGACUAAAUUGUAAUGGAAAUCUAGAGCUUAGAGAUAAAUCAUAUUUAAUUGAAAACGAUCUGACCAUGAGUCUUAAUGACUUUAAAGUAGAGGUUUUUGCGGUGCAAACAUUUUAGUACUUGUAUGGACGGUCGAGUGGACCACAAUGAGUGCCUCAGUUUGUCAAAGAUAGUUUCCCCUUCACCCACAUCAGUCAGGUAAACAGGUCAAUAAACCAGCUUCUUCGUGAGGCACACACUAUUUUGUAGCUUCACAUUUUGCACCAACAAACUUGCGUUGGGCUGUCAAUUUGUUUUUCGCAUUAUGGAUAACUAUAGUGGGUUACCGAGUCCAGUGUCAAUGAAUGCUCUUUGUGAAUUUGGAGAACCACAGCAUUUGUUUUUAUAUAACAGCACUGUCUGUUGUUGGAAUGGUUCCCUUCGAAAGGGAUGUGUGUACUGUAAAAUAAUGUAUAUUUGAAGAAUAUCCUCAUUUAUAUUAUGAAUAUAUUUGUGACAUAACUUAACAAUAAAUUGUUUAUUCUUUUUCAUUA